AUGCCCUCCUCACCUUCACUACCACCACUACCACCCCACGAAGCUGCACCACCAUUGCAGCAAGUCGACACCCACAGCUCGACGGCAACAACGGCUGCAGGGUUGAGCUACAUAGACCUGGAAGCGCAAAGCGGCAAGCGCAGCCUCGACAGGCGGCAAUCCGUUUCCUCGGUGGUGACGCAAAAGGAUUAUGUCGGGGACAUCCUUCCGGAGUGGGAACGCUCGCUGCGGCGACAGGAGACGCUGCAGAGGUUGCGCACGGUGUACUCUCGCCAGACGGAGAAGUUGGGGGAGUUGGAUGCGCCAGCGGAUGCUUCGGAGUUUAAGGAUAUUGAUAAGGAGCUGAUUACUUGGUAUUACCCCCUCCUCUUGGAAUGGGUUUGUCGGCCGGACCGUUGGGUGUGAGUGAUUGCUGAUGAAGCAGCAGGGAUGGCCCCGAAGACCCGGAGAAUCCGAGAAACUUCCCCAGUGCCAAAAAGUGGAGGAUAACGUUCAUUAUCUCGCUGUACACUUUUGUUUCGCCGUUCGCGUCGAGCAUAGCUGCUCCCGCGGCGCAAGCAUACGCUGCUGAGUUUGGAAUUACCAACCCUACCAUAGCAAGUCUGACGGUUUCGGUCUUUUUAAUUGGAUUUGCGCUCGGGUGAGUUUCCACAUCUCCUGUGCAAUUGCGUGGGAUGUGUUAUUGAUUAGGAGUGAGUGAGAGAUAGCCCAUUAUUCAUGGCCCCAUUGUCGGAAUUGUUUGGCAGAGUCAUAGUCAUGCAGGUGACUGCUGUGCUCUUCCUCGUUUUCAAUAUUGCCUGCGCUGUCGCGAAUAGUACGGCGCAGAUGAUUGUCUUCAGGCUGUUGGCCGGUCUAGCCGGGAGUGCGCCGUUGGCUCUUGGUGGUGGGAUUCUUUCCGACAUCUGGGCACCUGUGGAUCUGGUUCGUGCUAUGGCAUUGUUCGCACUCGGGGUAUGUUUGAUAUCUCCCUUCCCCCCCUCAGGACCGCGCGGUGCUAAUAUGGACGUCUCUCCCGUCCCACAGCCCCUCCUGGGCCCCAUCUGCGCUCCUGUAAUCGCUGGUUUCGUGGUCCAGAGCGUCGACUGGCGAUGGGUGUUCUGGGUUCUCGUGAUCGUGGGUGGUGUCGCCAUGGUUAUUGGAAUGAUUGUGUUUAGGGAGGAGACUUAUCCCGGUGCGUGUUCCCUCUUCCUGCUUGCUCAGAGAUCUGCCGCAAGGGGGAACAAGACUAACAAAUGCGUCAAUGUAGUCGUCAUCCUGAACCGUAAGGCAGCGAGACUGAGGAGGGAAACCGGAAAUGAGAACCUUCAUACCGUCUUCGAGAUCACGGAGGAUAUAAAGACCAGUUUCCGGAUUGCUAUCACUCGGCCGGUGAAGAUGCUCGUUAUGAACCCAGUGCUGCUGAUGCUGGGUCUUUUCAUGGCAUUCGUAAGUUUCCUCCAUCCCCUCCACGCAGGCCGUUAUCCGUUCGUCAGAAACUAACAAAUACCCAAAGGUCUACGGCUUCCUCUACCUCAUGUUUGUCACCUUCCCAGUGCUCUUCCAAGGCCAAUACGGUCAAUCCAUCGGCAUCGCGGGCCUAAACUACCUGGGGCCGGGUGUGGGCUUCAUGGUGGGCCUAGCAAUCUUCACCCCGCUGCUGCAAAAGACCUACCUAAGACUCACUGCGGCCAACGACGGCGUCGCCAAGCCCGAAUACCGGCUGCCGACCCUGCUCAUUGGCGGCGUCCUCAUCACCAGCGGACUAUUCUGGUAUGGCUGGUCGGCUGAGAAGAAGCUGCACUGGAUCAUGCCUCUGAUCGGCACGGCGAUCUUCGGCGCCGGAAUGAUCCCCGUGUUCUCCGCCGUGCAGACCUACCUUAUCGACAUGUCCCCGCGCUACGCCGCCUCGGCUAUCAGCGCUGCCACGCUCUUCCGCUCGCUCUUUGGCUUCGCCUUCCCGCUCUUUGGAAAGCAGAUGUAUGAUAGGUUGGGCUAUGGCUGGGGGAAUUCCCUCAUGGGGUUUAUCGCCCUACCCUUAGGCAUCCUGUUCCCGUUGUUCAUUUAUAGAUAUGGCGAGCAGUUGAGGAUUAGCGCGGAAAAGAGGAUGGAGGAGUCGGAUGCGAAGGUCAGGGCCAGAGCAUCGAAGAGGGAGACAGGGUCGUCAUUGCCUUGAGACAGCUUCCUCUCUUACUGGAGUCAUCUUUUUACGUUUCAUCUUCCUUUCUGUCUAGACAAGCACAGGUACCGGUAUCAUUAUGGCACAGGGGAGGUGUUUUUCCUGUAAGAACAGGGAUUAUUUUGCAGGUUAACCUAAAGGAACGGUUUACUUACCUUCUACAAGUACCAGUAUUAUAUUGCCCUUUUUUUCUCUUUUUCCUUUUCUUUCUCUUUUCUUUUUUGUCUCAUAUCAUCGUCACCAUUAAUCCCUCGGCCUAGUUUGGCCCGGCUUGGUUCUGGAGUUGUGGUUUUUUAGCCUUUUAGAUUUUUUUUUAGAUUUUUUUGCAUGUUUUUCGUUUCAUUGGAUUAGGUUUAGAUACCGCACUCUGUU